AUGGGUCUUCGACCCAGCCCAGUUGCCGACGUUACUUCGACUGUCCUUCGCAACCUCCAGGACCAGCAUGAUUGGAGUUCGCUCCACGUCAAUUCCUCCGCCGGCCGUCGGCCAUUGAUCAGGGGCCUACCUCCUCGACGGCUGUACAUGCACCCUGACGACCAGAUUGCCGCUCUCGCCCGCGAGCAGGCAACCGGCGAACCAGUGCCCAGUGAUCCCGAAUACGAAUGGGUGUUGGCGGUGCAUCCCGAGGAGAAGUGGACGCUUAGCGGUUUUGCUAGUGUCUUUGAUUCUAUCCAUCAUUCUGGCCCGAGGGCCAAGAGAAUUCUUCUGGCCACUGUCCACAACGAUUCCACGGUUGUCUACUAUCUUAUGCAUGAGGGCAUGGUUAAACCCCGACAGAACUAA